UCGCACCCUCCCCACCGCCGCCCCUCCUGUCUUUCUCUGCGCCGGAGAGUGCGUGCGCGUCCACGGCUGCUUCCUCUGCCUCGCUAAGGGAAUGGGGGUGAAGGCCAAGAAAGCAAUGAAGAAGUCUUUGAAGAAGGCUUCCACGCAGUCGGCGCUUUCUAAUAGCAAGACGGAAGAUGUCGAUUUCUUGCCAUUGGAAGGUGGUCCUGGGCAUAAGCUUCCUGAGGAGAAACCUUCUGAGAGUACUUCAACCGUUCUUUACAUUGGUCGUAUACCACAUGGUUUCUAUGAGAAGGAAAUUGAAAGUUACUUCAGUCAGUUUGGUACUAUCAAGAGGUUAAGAAUUGCCAGGAACAAGAGGACUGGAAAGUCAAAGCAUUUUGGUUUCAUUGAAUUUGAGUCUUCAGAGGUGGCAAAGAUUGUAGCUGAAACUAUGCAUAAUUAUCUACUUUUUGAGCACUUAUUGCAGGUUUAUCUUAUCCCUGCAGAGCAUGUGCAUCCGAAAUUAUGGAAAGGUUUUAAUUACCGGUAUAAACCACUGGAUCGGGUCCAAGUUCAGCGGAAAAAGCACAACAGGGAAAGAACACUGGAAGAACAUAAGAAGCUGAUCGAAGGAAUUAUGAAACGUGAUAAAAAAAGAAGGAAAAAGAUAGAGGAGGCUGGUAUCGAUUAUGAAUGUCCAGAUAUUGUGGGUGACACCCAGGCAGCGCCAAAGAAGAUCAGGUUUGAUGAAGAGUAGCCCUGUUGCAAAACAUGUUUUUCUUGUUUUCUGUUUUCACUUUUCUUGUAAACGAUGAAAGAGUUAUAGUGGUAAUGUCAACUCAAUCCUUAAUGUGCUUGCAA